AUGGAACGGCGCAAAAGGCCCAGACUUCUAUGUGGCCACUUCCCCUUUUGGGUACUUGUGUUACUUGCAGCGUGUGGGAAAAAUCCUUUCAUUUAUCCGAAGAGCAAUUCGGAACUCUCCACCGACAAGCUAACUGGACAAGCCUCUUCCCCACUAGACUAUUUCCAGCGCACGGUUCGACCUGUGCUAUUCAUUCGCCGGUCCGAGCCGGAUCAUGAGACUAUGGGGGAAGAGGGCAGUAAGGGUGCUGAACCAAGUAUCAAGCCCGACAUCCAUAGCCAGGAAUUGAUUGAUGCCGGUUCCUCGGGAGCUCCGCCUGCGCGCAGACUCGCCAGUAAUCAUGCGAGUGACCAAAGAUCGCCCAGGAGCAGUCCGCCUUCCAGGGCGAAUCAGCAGGCUUCCCAAUCCAGGAAGUUCGAGUUUGUCCUCGUAACCGAUAGCGAGUCACGCCGGCAAGUCCGCCGGCAUGCCAUGCGCCAGUAUAUGCACCAACGGCGCUUGGACAGCAUCGCUCGACUGGGGACCUCUCGUAUACCGGUUGGCGGUUGGGCCACUCGCCAGGCCUCAGAUUCCGCUACACCAGGCACCUCCUCCCGAAUAGAAAGUGUGGAGGAUGAAUCACCUACGAAGAGUGAAAGGGAUUCGCCGUCCACCGACGAGGAACAACCGAUUCUGCAAAAGGGGAAGUCGCCUUCACAAUCAUUGGUCCCGAAGUCACACAAGGUCAAACGCGAAGAAGAAACUUCUCCUCUAUUGAGUAGCUUCAAUUCUUCAGAUCCUCUGGAGCUUACGAACAGUAAAGUUGUGGUGACCUACCCAUCCAUGAUGUACAAAUUCGUCGAUCGCGUCGCAGGCAACCCGAUGAUGGAAAUAUUUCGGCAAUUUGCAUUACACGACGAACUCCCAUUUCAGGCUAUGCUUGCUAUUGCCUCAAAGCAUCGUGCAGGUGUAGAAGGCAAGGUGGAAUCGGUUCAGAGUCUCACUCACAAGAUGCGGGCUUUACGGUUGAUGAAUGAGCGCCUCCGUGCAGACUCGACAGGUCAAAAUGACGGGACGAUAUAUUCAGUAGCUACCAUGGCUGUUAUUGAGGUAUUUGAAAUACUCCCGGAGCUACUUAUUGAGGCUGACGCAAAGAAGAAAUGGUCCAAGGACGCUUCAAUUGAGCGUGUACACUUUAGGGGACUAGCGUCGAUGAUCAGGAACCGAGGGGGGAUGCGAGGAAUGCGGAUAUCGAGCCCUUUCUUGGAGAAAGUUCUUUAUUGGGUCGAUUUUAGCUGUGCUCCCAAGGCAAUUGUUAGUACCUCCCUACCUUGGACCGGAGCAGUACCAGACUCUCCACCAGCUGGAUUUGACUUCCUCUCCCCUGAUCUACAUCUUGGUAUUCCUCAUGAUUCUACGACGGAUGAAGGUUCAGAAAGCCUUUGUGACCACUUCCGAGCAUGCGAAGAUUUUUUGAGAUUCUUCCGCCAUCUUCAUGAAUUGGAACGUGCCGCGUUGAACUCAACUCCCGACUUGAUAUCUAAAGAUGCACAUCGCCGCAUCAAGCAAUUUAGCCCAGGAACACAGCUGCAUAUCAUCCUUACCAUGAUUCCAGACUAUGAUCAUGGGAUCCGAGACGUUCGCUUUAUCGACGAUUAUACAGGCAUGUCCUGCCUUGUCUUCCUUGCAGUCGCAUUACACGAUUGUUAUCUUAAGUCCCUCAACUUUGACCACUACCUCGAGUGGCUGAGCAUGGAAGUCAAGAAACUGAAUCCGCACGCCAACCCAAGCAUCACUGCUAUUCUCUGGCUCUUCCUGAAUAACGGCGGUUACCCGAGGGACCAACCAGGGGAUUCUGGGGACCGAUGUUGGGUGGUUUCACGAUUUAUGCGAAUUGUCAAACGCCUCGAAUGGAAACGCCAAGGGACCAUCUGGGAUCAUAUACGACAGGCUCUGAUUGACUUCGUCAUGACGCAGCAAGAAUGCGCGCUCGGCUCGGAUGACGUUGAUGAAGAGGCCCUAGUGGCUCGACAGUAUAGAGCCCGCCGGUCGCCGACAUACCUCUGGGACGAGGAUCAAAUGCGGGAAUACAUUCUAAACAUCAAGAAUCCUCCUCCCGCUACGACAUAUUUUGAGAUGAAUGCACCAAUCAUUACAUAA